AGUAGGCUAAAGCGUUUAUGUGAAAUGUGUGCUCUUAAUGGUCGUUUGUAUAGCCUAACCUGGAGGAGCCGUGUCUCGAGCGCUGGAUGUUCAGGAGGAGAGAGUCUCUCCAGCGCACGGAGUCUGUGAUUGGCCAACAGCACUGACAGCUCCCCCGCUGAUUGGCCAGGAACAGAUGCCCGUCCCCCUUUCACUCCAGCUAGAGGACCAUUCAUAAACUAAACAAUUCCAACACUCACGGCUGAGUCUGGACAACUGCACACUGGCGCACAGUUUUCAUGCGCAAACACAAGUGAGAAAGAUGAUGACAUGACGCGCGGAGAUUUAUCCUGCAGCUGAUACUGGCUCGGACAACAACUUAAAUCCUUAAAACAUUUUCAAGUCGAGUUGGGAAAGUCGCACUGCGUUGCAUCCAUCCGUUUCCUGGUCCAAACUUGACGUCUAUCCGCUGUGGGCGCAAACUUCAUCACUUCAUCUUUUUUUCUUUUUGCUGGGAGUUGUGCCUCUGGCUUCACCGGUAAGCAUUGGAUCCAUCGGCGUACUGCGAAACUCCGGUCUACAGUCCGGAUCUGUGCCCCAAUAUGAUUGCAACGCAAGCAAAGCUGGUUUACCAGCUCAAUAAAUAUUACAACGAAAGAUGCCAGGCGCGCAAAGCGGCCAUCGCCAAGACCAUACGAGAGGUGUGUAAGGUGGUGUCGGAUGUGCUGAAGGAGGUGGAGGUCCAGGAGCCCCGUUUCAUCAGCUCCUUGAGCGAGAUAGACGCGCGCUAUGAGGGCAUGGAGGUCAUCGCACCCAACGAGUUUGAGGUCGUGCUUUACCUGAACCAGAUGGGAGUCUUCAACUUCGUGGAUGACGGCUCUCUGCCGGGCUGCGCGGUGCUCAAACUCAGCGACGGCCGUAAGAGGAGCAUGUCCCUGUGGGUGGAGUUCAUUACCGCCUCCGGUUAUCUGUCGGCGCGAAAGAUCCGCUCCCGCUUCCAGACGCUGGUGGCCCAGGCCGUGGAUAAAUGCAGCUACCGGGACGUGGUUAAGAUGGUGGCGGACACGAGCGAAGUAAAACUGCGCAUUCGGGAGAGGUACGUGGUGCAAAUCACCCCGGCCUUUAAGUGCACGGGCAUCUGGCCUAGAAGUGCCGCUCAGUGGCCCAUGCCUCACAUCCCGUGGCCCGGGCCGAACCGGGUAGCGGAAGUGAAAGCGGAGGGUUUUAACCUCCUCUCUAAAGAGUGUUACUCGUUAACGGGGAAGCAGAGCUCGGCGGAAAGCGACGCCUGGGUUUUGCAGUUCGCCGAGGCCGAGAACAGGCUUCUGAUGUCGGGCUGUAGAAAGAAAUGCCUCUCUAUUCUAAAGACUCUCCGUGACCGACACCUCGAGCUGCCGGGACAGCCGCUCAAUAACUACCACAUGAAGACCCUGCUGCUGUACGAGUGUGAGAAACACCCGCGGGAGACUGACUGGGACGAGUCGUGCCUCGGCGACCGUCUGAACGGUAUUCUGCUGCAGCUCAUCUCCUGUCUGCAGUGCCGUCGGUGCCCACAUUACUUCUUACCCAAUCUAGACCUGUUUCAGGGUAAACCACACUCAGCCCUGGAGACAGCGGCCAAACAGACCUGGAGACUGGCCAGAGAAAUCCUUACCAACGCUAAAAGUUUGGAUAAACUGUAAGAUGCAAAAGGAGGACAUUUUAUGUUGGUGAAUAUUAACGGACGUUUGAGAUCACAACACUGAAAGUGGAGAGAAUGUGAUCGUGGUGCUCUCUGAAUAAAAUGAAAGAUUAAAAUAAAACUUAAGAUUGCAAAACUUAGCAUUUGCUUUUGCCAAGGCUCAAACGGGACAUUGCAGGAGAGCGAAAUGAAGGUACAUUUUAAACUAAGUGUAAUGAUUUUGUUGUUUGUUUGAACUGUUUUCACAAAGUGAAAAUUUUAUUUAAAUAUAUGCACAAGAUCUUUAAUUGCGAAUUACAAAAUGUAGCGUGCCAAGUUCAAUUUUUUUCAUGAUGUGAUCAAAAAUUGAAACGUGUAAUAAAAUCAUGACACGAUGAAAUUUAAACUUGGCAUUUGUCAUUACUUAAUUCAAAACAAAAACUCUUGACAUUAAUGGGACUGCAAUAGAUAAGCUAGACGCAUGAAUAAUUAAGCAUAUAGUUUUGUGAUUUGUCUUCGCUAUUUAAACAAAAGCAUAGCUAGAAUUAAUUAAUACAGUGUGUAUUUGUGGACUGGUCAUUCAUUUUAACUCGUAGAAAACGAAACGUAGAAAAUACGCGAGGCCUGUUGCUCUGAGAUAAAAAGGAGAUUUAAUGUAAAUAGACACUAGCGACAAAAAUAAAGAUUAGCGAAAGACGCUAGCAACUAAAUAAAGGUUAGCGUAUUUUUUAUUUUAUUUAUUUUUUUAAAUGGCGAUAAUUGAGCACUUUGUGAACAGCAAAGACCACUCACACUUCUAAAUAAAAUGUAAAAAUAAAACGUAAACAACCGAUUUUUCACACACACCAACAGUACUUCAUUUCACAGAUUAAAAACCAAAUAAGCAUCGCAUAAAAUAUAAAAAUGUUCAAAUAAAGACACUCUGCUUUUUAACAUUUUCGAGUGAAUUACUGUCAAUAAUAAUAACAAUAGGCUAAUUCUUGGGAGUCAUUUAGCUUACUCUGGAAAACCCCGUUUAAAAAUCUUUUUUAUUAUUAAUUAUAAAAAAAAAAUAACAGCAGCUUAUUAGAAUUAAAAAGCAUUCUGAAAGAAAUAUUUAAACAAUGUUUUGCAACAAAUAAAUAGUUUACUAAAACAGAUAUGCUGUUUUAUUCUGGAAAAGUAACCAUUUUAUCUCACAAUUCUGUUACUACAGCAAAAACAAUAGAUUAUUAUUAAUCUAGCUUUUAAGAAAACAACUUUAUUGAAAUCAAUAUAUUUGAAGUACAUCAACAGAAAAGGGCACAGUUAAGGAAACACUAAAAGUUGAUAUACUUUGUUGCUCCACAGGCAAAACAAAAGUCCUAGCAAAUUAAGCAUUCAGAAUAAUUUUUCUCUUCAAGCAUUCAAUAGUGAGGAUUUUCGUUGGCACACCUCAGCUAUAAGCCAAUGGCGAUGGCAAGUAAAACUUUAAUAGCCUUGACCCACAUAUGUUGCAAACAGCUGACACACAUGCAACAUGCUAGGAGGAAAGAGAGCACUCUUUUCUGUCGUUGUGUUAUGAUAAACGAUAAGAUGACCACAAAUAGCCAAUACUCACAAACUCUGUGUGGAAAGGUAAACCAUACUAAUGUUGUGAAUGCACAUUAAAGGAUCUUGGUUAUA